AUGUCUCCAAACACCAACAUCACCCUUCCCAAAAAACUACCUUUAUUAAUCGUUUACAAUGGUGUCCUGCUUCCUGGAUCAACUAUCAGGAUACCUGUAACCACGGUGAAGAGAGAGUCAUCCUGUCAUUCCCAUGUGUCUUCUGGGUUUCCUCAGGGUAGUGUUCUUGGCCCCUUUGCUCUUCAUUUUAUAUGCAAGCGAAUAUGUGGCCCGGAAUUGAAAAAUUGUUUCAUUGGAUUGCAGGUGAUCUGGUGGCAGGGUUCCAGCCGUCAUCUAGCAGAUGUUGUUUGCAUCCUGGUAAAGCGACAUUGCCCGAGAGGUUGCAAGUGCUGGAUGCCUGUGGACCUUGCAACUAGAAUCAGGUACCUACCACUCCUACUCACGGCAUAUUCACAGGCUGAAGGUGAUGUGCGUGAAGCAGCAGGAGACGAAACCAACAACAAGGAGAACCAGAUCGUCAAAAUCAGCAGAGGGGGGAGGAACCUGUCGCCGGACCCAGAGUUUGAUGAUGAAGGAGAAGAUGGUAUUGCGGAGUUUGAGACAAAGAUCAAGGAAGCAAACAUGCCUGAUGAUGCAAGGAAGGCAGCACUUAAGGAGCUAGGACGCUUGAAACGCAUGGCUCCCCACAUGCCAGAGUAUUCUAUGACAAGGAACUACCUGGAGCUCAUGGUGGACUUACCUUGGUCUGCCACAGUCAGAGAGACCUGUAACAUCAGCAAAGCACGGGCCGACAUGGAUGCUGAUCACUAUGGGAUGGAGAAGGUUAAACGCCGAGUGUUGGAAUACCUUGCUGUCAAACAGCUCCGUGGUGAUCUCAAAGGACCCAUCUUGUGCUUUGUUGGGCCUCCAGGUGUUGGGAAGACGAGCAUAGCCAAAUCUAUAGCAACAACACUUGGACGCCCAUAUCAGAGGAUAUCGCUAGGUGGAAUAAGCGAUCAGCAUGAUAUUCGUGGGCACAGAAGAACCUAUAUUGGAGCCAUGCCAGGAAGAGUUAUUCAGGCUCUCAGAAAUGUCAAGGCCAAGAAUCCUGUGCUGCUGCUUGAUGAGGUAGACAAGCUAGGGACAGGCAUCCACGGAGACCCAGGAGCUGCUCUCUUGGAGGUCCUGGAUCCGGAGCAGAAUUUUGCAUUCACGGACACUUACCUCGGCCUGCCAUUUGAUCUGUCGCAGGUGCUGUUUGUUGCCACUGCCAACACUUUGUCGUCAAUUCCAACACCCCUAAUGGACAGGAUGGAGGUGAUUCAUGUUCCAGGAUACACUCAGGAAGAGAAGAUUAUGAUUGGUCAGCUGCACUUGUUACCCAAGCAAUUACGAGAGCAUGGUCUUACGCCUGACAUUAUGCAUGUGCCUCCAGAAUCCAUUGCAAUAGUCAUUGGGGAAUACACACGGGAAGCAGGUGUUAGAACACUGGAGAGGAAAAUAGGAGCACUUUGCAGAGCUGUUGCUGUUCAGGUUGCUGAGCCUAAAACAGAGGACCAAGCCAUUGGUGAUGAAGGAGUCAAGGCAGACAUGGUGGUAGCAGAAGCCGAGGAAAAGGGAGAGGGAACGCAGCAGGGGGAACCACAUAAAGAAGGAAGUCCCGCAGCUGGAGAGCCUGCGUACCAUCAGUCGCCACUCAUUAACCUGACCCAUUUGAAGGAGUACCUGGACCUCCCUGUGCAAGUGGAUGCAAAGAUGAUCUAUGAUGUCCUGGGGCCCCCUAUAUUCCAAAGCGGGCUGUCAGGAAGGGCGAGUGUGCCUGGAGUAGCAGUGGGCCUGGCAUGGACGCCUGUGGGAGGUGAGGUCAUGGUCGUGGAAGCAUCGCGCACAGGGGGAGAUGGUAGACUCACUCUCACUGGUCAGCUGGGCUCUGUCAUGCAAGAGUCAGCCAAGAUUGCCUUGUCAUGGGUCAGGCAGCAUUCUUUUUUGAUUGGACUGGAGGAGGACUUCAUGAAAGACGGAGAGAUCCACAUGCACUUCCCUGCAGGGGCCAUUAGCAAGGACGGACCCUCAGCUGGAGUUACCAUCCUUACUGUUCUGGUCUCUCUCCUGUCCCAGCGUUGUGUACGGCCUGAUGUAGCCAUGACAGGGGAGAUCACUCUCAAUGGGGUUGUCUUGCCGGUUGGUGGCAUUAAAGAGAAAGUGAUGGCUGCGCACAGGGCAGGGCUUACCACACUGGUGCUUCCUGCCGCCAACAAGAAAGACCUUGCUGAUAUUCCAAACUCUGUCUUGAAUGAAGUCGAAGUAGUCCUCGUGAACACAGUGGAAGAGGUGCUUCAGGCCGCGUUUGACGAAGGCUUCGGCGAAAUGUUUGACGAUGACAAGGACGGAGAAUCGGUGUCAAAAAAUCCGAUGAGCAAACUCUAGGUCUCAUAAUUUUAUUAUUUGUUAGGACCAAGUGCUUCCGUGAUUAGAAUCAGCAGAGGAAAAAAAAGAAAGAAAAAAAAGGUGGAAAAAAUUAUUUUCAAUUCUUUGCUUUUAUGAAAAAAAAAAUUAUGGACGUAUAAUAAUGUAAUGGUUAAAUAUAUUUUGAAUGGAGAAUUUGUUAUAAUAUAUGGUAGGGUUUUUUCUCCUUUCACAUUGUGUUUUCUGUAAUUAUGUGUAGAAAGCCUUUAAUCUUACACAUAGGUAUCUUGAUGUUUGAAUAUAUAUGUAAAUAAAUGAGAAUAAUAAUAGGAACUUAAGGUUUGGGAUGUGUUGUAGUUAAGACAGAGAGGAAAAUAAAUUAGUAAUGUAGUGAUAUGAAAAAAAAAAAAAAAAUCUAUAGUCAGUUUCAUAUUUAAUUGUUUUUUCAUGAUGUUACAUCAUGUUGUUAAGUCACAAAGCCAUUAUAAUUUUUUUUUUUUUUCUUU